AUGGGAAUGACUGGUGCCGGCAAGUCUACCUUCAUUGAGCACUGCACCAAGCCGACAGAGCGCUUGUCAGGCCAUGAACUCUCAUCAUGUACGAGUCAAGUGUCCAUACAUACCACAUGCGUUCUCGGACGGACAGUCCAUCUAAUCGAUACGCCUGGCUUUAACGACAGUCGACGGUCUGACGGCGAAACAUUGCAAGAACUAGCAUACUGGUUAGCAGCCGCUUACGAGAGAGAUAUCAAACUUAGUGGGAUCAUCUACUUACAUUGCAUAACGAACAAUCGCUUUCAAGGUUCCGCUGUACGAGCGUUGCGUGCUUUCAAGAAGAUGUGCGGGGAAGAGGUGUUUAAAGGGAUUAUCGUGGCAACGACAAUGUGGGACAAAGUCACCACAGAUGAACUCGCCAAAGCUGAAGUUCGGCAUGAGGAACUCCAAGCGAAGAUUCGUCAGGAUGUGAUUCGGGGAGGCGGCAAACUAGUGAGGCUAUCGGCCGUAGAGAUAGACGCAGCGAGAAUACUUCAACAUAUAGUGAGCAAAGAUAGAAGACUAACGCUGGCGUUCCAGCGAGAACUAGUGGAUGAGAAUCGGCUUAUCCACGAGACAGGUGCCGGUCAGGUGUUGUAUGACGAUUUGAAAGGAUCAAUCGAGACAUUGCAGGCUAAGACUCAAGAAGCCCAGGAGAAAAUAGAGAAGAUGGCUCACUCUUCGCGAAGAGAAGAACUGCGUGAGCUCGAGGACGCCGUUACCGAGAUGACUAAAACCAUGCGAUCGGUCGACGAAGAUAUUGACCACACAAAAGUGACGCUCGACGACAUUCGCAAGGCGUGGGAUGCGAAUAUUGAUCGUGACGACGAGACUAUUUCGGCAGCAGCACGUCGUAUCGAGCAGCAAUUGGAGAUCGAGCGCUGUCGACAAGGAACUAAAAGCACAACCCAGUCUGCUUCAGACAACACCGUUUACGGAGGCUCCAGUGCUGUAUCCUCUCCAGUAGCAAGUGGAUCGCAGUCUUCUCAAGCCGACAUGUCGCGCAGGUUAAAAGAGCUCGAAAAAGAACGGAAAGAGCUUACGUAUCAAAUGGGCCGAAGAUUGAACAGGCGGUAUACUAAGCGCUCGCGCAGUGCGACAACGAUAGGAGUCAUAGGCACCGGAUUAGCCGUAGGUCAACUCGUCGCAGCGAUCGCUUGCGUUGUAAUGUGA